CAUACACAGACGAGAUUGUUGCUAAAUAUUCGAAAAUACAAUUUUCACACAAAUUUAAAAAGAAAAAUGAUUUGUAGAUUGUGCUUAGGUAAAUCAGAAGAGUUUUUAGAAAUCUUUGCGGAUGAUGGUAAAAUAGUCGAGGGAGAAGUCGUAGAGGUCAUAGAGAAUCAUUUCAAAAUUGUGGUUCAAUUCAACGAUAAUGUUUCUAAUAAAAUUUGCGUUGGUUGCUGGCAAUAUCUUAAUGAAUUCCAUCAAUUCUGGUUAAGCAUUAAAAAGAAGCAACAAACCCUGCAAAAGGAUUUGGCUCCUGUACGAAUAAAAAACGAUAAUGCAACUGCAUCUGAGCAAAUAAAUUCAACAUUUGAAUAUAAAAAUUCUACAUUGUGUGAACCUGAGCUGAUUAUAAAUGAUAUAAAAAAGGAAACAGAUGUAUCUGCCGAAGUGGAAAUGGAUGAUGCGAUGAAUGAUGACUCGCUACUGCUGCCUUUUGAUGGGUCUGCCGUGCAGCGUAAGCGGUUUGCUGUAUCGCAGCCCUACGAAAUGCGUACAGCAAUCCCAGAUUCCCCCAGCGCAACGGUAUCCAACCAUGCUACUGCGGUUCCAAGUGAACCAGUUUCUCUGGCUUCGUUGCAAAAGGAGCUGAGAGAAAUGCGGAGCGAUAUCCGUGAAUCACUGGGGGAAAUAAAGACCACCUUACGGGACCAAGAAAGUAAGGUGGAAAGAAAUUUCAAGGACUUCGUAAAGAAGAUGCCAGAAAGAGCGGAAAGUCAGGUCCAGGGGCAGCUGAUGAGGGAGGUGAAAGUGGUGAUGACAAGAGUUCACCAGAGUAUUGCGCGCAUCACGGGAGAUGCUCUGAGUCCUGAGUAUAUCAAGAUUCAGAGUAUGCUCCCAAUGAAAUCGCAGGAUGCGAUUAAUACUCUGGAGGAGCUCUUAAAUACCAAGUCAUACUCCGAAGCAAUGCUAAAUAUUUUGCUGAAGCUGAGGGGUGCUAAAGGAUGCAUCAAAGGGGUGAUGAAGCGCGUUUACUCCGAUGCCCUGAUGUACCAUUACAAUUUUGAGGGGAAAGCCAAUAAAUCGGCGCUUUUGGGCCUCAAAAGUCUGGAACUCAUUUUCGACACAUUUAAUAGCUCCCCGAAAAGUGAAGUCACCGCAGAAAUUCGCAAAGCGAUUUUAAUGAGCCACAACCGAUAUAAGCAAGUCGUGAGGAAGCAAAAACAAAAAAUUAAUAUUCAAAAUAUUAACUAAAACUAAAAUAUUUCUAAAGCUAAUUUAACUAACACCAAAUCUAAUUUUAUAAUGUCAAUUUACUUUAAUUCAUGUUCAUUUGCUAACACCAAAACCUAA